GCAUUCUCUAACAUAUUAGGGCUUGGACAAGCAUAGACUCGGCCGUGGCAGAUCGAAGCAGUUUCCUAAAUAGGUUAUUUUCAGGAAAGAAAGCAGCCAUCUCUGGGUUCGUCGGAUAACAGAAACACAGACCAACAACACAACCACCACCACCACAAGGCAAAGGUGAAACAAAAAAACAAAAACACACAACAAAGCAAAUCUCAGUCACCACACCACAAAAACCUAAAUAAACACUCACUGUUAUUGGAUGAUAAGACUUGGGGCCUGAAACACAUAUGGCAGAGGGCACAGAAGUUGAGGAACGGGUUGAUCUUGAUGAGGAGGACAAUUACAUGGAAGAAAUGGAAGAUGACGUUGAAGAUCAACUAGAUGAGGAUGGAGACGAUGAUGACGAUAACGGAGAUGCUAAUGUUGAAGAAAAUGCUGAAGAGGAUGAUGAUGACUCAAAAACUGAGGGUAGCCAGGAAGACCAAUCACCAGAAAUAGCUAGAAAAUGUACUAAUUCAGAGCCUCUGGAAGAUGAUGAAAAGCCUACUGCUUCUGUCAAUGAAGAGGAAAAAGAGAAGCAUGCUCAACUUCUUUCCCUGCCUCCCCAUGGUUCCGAAGUUUUCAUCGGUGGGCUUCCAAAGGAUGCAUUAGAAGAUGACUUGAGGGAUCUUUGCGAGCCAAUAGGCGAUAUUUUUGAGAUAAGGUUAAUGAAAGAUAAGGACACUGGUGAAAGCAAGGGCUUUGCUUUUGUUGCCUUUAGAUCAAAGGAGGUUGCCCAGAAGGCCAUUGAAGAGAUUCACAGUAAGGAGUUCAAGGGGAAAACCUUAAGAUGUUCGCUUUCUGAAACCAAGAACAGGUUGUUUGUUGGUAAUGUUCCAAAGAACUGGACAGAGGAUGAAUUCAGAAAAGUUGUCGAGGAGGUUGGUCCUGGGGUGGAUAUCAUUGAGCUAAUACGGGAUCCUCAAAAUCCAUCACGUAAUCGAGGUUUUGCAUUUGUAUUAUAUUACAACAAUGCCUGUGCUGACUAUUCAAGGCAGAAAAUGUUAAAUGCAAAUUUUAAGCUGGAGGGAAAUACCCCAACUGUUAGUUGGGCUGAUCCGAAGGGCACACCUGAUCAAUCUGCUGCUGCUGCUCAGGUUAAGGCUCUUUAUGUAAAGAAUAUACCUGAGAACACUAGCACUGAGCAGCUAAAGGAACUAUUCCAGCGCCAUGGGGAAGUCACAAAAGUUGUUAUGCCACCUGGCAAAGCUGGCAAACGAGAUUUUGGGUUCAUUCAUUAUGCUGAAAGGUCAAGUGCAUUGAAGGCAGUUAGAGACAAUGAGAAAUACCAAAUUGAUGGCCAAGUCUUGGAGGUUGUCCUUGCCAAGCCUCAGACUGACAAAAAACCUGAUGGGGUUUAUCCUUACCCUGCCGCACUUCAUCCAAGCCAUGUUACACAUCCUGCAUAUGGUGGGUUUGCUGGAAAUCCAUACAGCUCUUUAGGUGGUGGAUUUGGUGUAGCAUCUAGUUUUCAGCAGCCAGUUAUAUACGGAAGGGGUCCAAUGCCAGCAGGGAUGCAUAUGGUGCCAAUGGUUCUACCAGAUGGUCGAAUUGGCUAUGUUCUUCAGCAACCUGGAGUACAGAUGCCACAACCUCGACCCAGGAGAGUUGAGCGGAGCAAUGGUUCAAGUGGACCUGGGCGGGCUGGAAGUAGUGGGGAUGAUGGCAAUCGCAGCAGAAGAUACCGACCCUAUUAGUGGCUGAGGUGUAGAUGCGUGUCCUAGCUUUUCCAGGGAAUCGAGAGAUGUAGUUCAAUGACUUGUGGUAAACAAAAUAACAGAGCCAUCACAACCUACCUUUAUUUUCCCCGGCCCCAAAGCUCAGAGAGUUUCAAAGAGAGAAUAUUUGAAAAAAAGAGGAAGAGAAAAGGAUGUUAGAAUAGGACUGUGAAGUAUUUUGUGACUUUGAUGUGGUAGGAGAUGAUUGACAGUAAUUGACUCAUACUGGUUUAUUAAUUGGCAUGUCUUAUCGCACGCAGCAGGAAAUUUUAUUUAAGAAAAAAAGGUAGCUUUUAUUUUGUAUCUGUACAAGCCACCAUUCCCUAUCCAAAGUGCAAUUAAUCUCUCUAUUGUUUCA